UUUUUAAUCCCUAAGUCUAGAUGAGAUAACUAGAAUUCCAUUUAAGCUUUCGUCUACAAAAACAAUUCUAGCAAAUAUGGAGAUUCAAAAAGCUACCUUUAUCAUCAAUCCUCGCCAUUUUCACCCAAUUCCAAACUCUACCCACCACCCAAUUCUUGUUUCCCCACAACACAGACCUUUACAGCAUAGAAAAUUGCUAAAACUACGCCCCCAGUCCUGUUGUUGUUGUUGUUCUUCUUCUCAUAGUCAUCAUCCAGUUGUAAAAGGCCCAAUUUUGGAAGCAGGGAAUGAAUCUUUUGGGAAAAACCAUUACAAGAAUAUUACAAGAAAAAAGAGGGUAUUUUUCUUGGAUGUUAAUCCUCUUUGUUACAAAGGAAGUACUCCGUCUUUGCUUUCUUUUGCUCAUUGGAUUUCCCUUUUCUUCUCUCAAGUUAGCCUCACUGAUCCUGUCAUUGCUGUUGUUGACGGGGAAAGAGGUAAUGAGUAUAGAAGGCAGUUGUUACCUUCCUAUAAAGCAAAAAGAAGGAAACAUUGGCAUCAGUUUCCAGGCGCAGGAAAAUCUCCAAGGCGUAUCGUUGAAACGUCACAUCGACUUGUCUUGGAUGUUCUUCGCAACUGCAAUGUUCCUGUAGUUAAGAUUGAAUCACAUGAAGCAGAUGAUGUUAUAGCCACACUUGUUGAACAAGUUCUACAAAGGGGACACCGAGUCGUCGUUGCCUCUCCUGACAAAGACUUCAAACAGCUGAUAUCUGAUGAUGUUCAAAUUGUCAUGCCAGUACCAGAGUUUAAUAGAUGGUCUUUUUACACCCUAAAACACUAUGUGGCACAGUACAAUUGUGAUCCAAGGUCUGAUUUGAGCCUGAGGUGUAUACUGGGUGACGAGGUUGAUGGUGUUCCUGGAAUCCAGCAUGUUGUUCCUGGUUUUGGUCGAAAGACUGCUUUGAAGCUUUUGAAAAAGCACGGCACACUGGAGAAUUUGCUUAAUGCUGCUGCAGUAAGAUCGGUGGGGAAGCAGUAUGCACAGGAUGCCCUUAUAAAGUAUGCUGAUUAUCUGCGCAGAAAUUAUGAAGUUCUUUCUCUGAAGAGGGAUGUCCGCAUCCAUAUUGAGGAGCAAUGGCUUGAUGAGAGAGAUGCACGUAAUGACUCACUAGUUUUAUCCAACUUCAUCACUUUGCUGAAAGAGAGUCGGAAUCUUAAUUUGCAAAACAGCUCUCAUUCCAACGGUUGAAAUUGCCAGAAGAAAGCAUUCUGCUCUAGAACUUGAAGAAUGAUGAUCUUGAUGCUUAAGCAGAACAUCAUACUAAAGAAUAUAAGAUUACACAAAUUUUGCCAGAAGAUUUGACCAGAUGAAGCGAGCUGAAUUGGAAUAUCCAACAUCUCAGAAGGAACAAGCAAAUAGUGAAAAAAUGGUUCUUUUCCAAAUCACUAAAGAAGAGACUUCUGAGCUAUCUUAGCAGUAACACUAGAAUAGAUUCUUGUUACUAGUGUAUGGUCUUCUAUUUUGCUCUUGGGCAAUGAGGAAAGCUGUUUUGGUUUUUUUUUUUUGG